UAGUAGUUGGUGGGCAGUACUAGAGACAAAACUGGUGCUCUCUCUUCUUCGGCAGCAUCUCCGCCUCUCCGGACUACUGUCGUUGUUACCAACCAGCCGGCAAUCUCCAUCCACAAGCUCUAAAGAAAGAAACGGGCAAUCAGAAAGCCUUCUCUUCCAAGAAGUGACGCGGGAGAGGGGCAGAGCGGCGCAAGCCAUGGCCAUGGCGGAGCAGCAGCAGCAGAUCGAGCACAGCCACCUCGCCAUCAGAGGCCUCAACCUCCACGUAGCCCAAGCAGGCACAGGCGAGCUCGGGACGGUGCUGUUCCUGCACGGCUUCCCGGAGAUAUGGUACUCGUGGCGCCACCAGAUGCUGGCCGUGGCCGCCGCCGGGUACCGCGCCAUCGCGCCGGACUGGCGGGGGUAUGGCCUCUCCGACCAGCCACCGGAGCCAGAGGCGGCGGUGUACCGCGACCUGGAAGAGGAUCUCCUUGCCGUCCUGGAUGCACUAUCCGUUCCCAAGGUGCCCUCUAGCCCUCGAUUGUGGGGAGAAUCAAUGUCCGCUUCAGGGGCUUACCUUGUGGCAAAGGAUUUCGGAGCCAUGCCAGCUUAUGAUUUUGCUCUUCGUCACCCCAACCGCACAUGCGGUGUUAUGUGUUUGGGUAUCCCUUUUCUUCACGGUGGCUCCUCCUUCACUGCCAUGCCCGAAGGCUUCUAUAUACUGCGUUGGCGGGAACCAGGAAGAGCAGAGGCAGACUUUGGCAGGUAUGACGUCAAGCGAGUCGUGCGCACCAUCUACAUUCUCUUCUCUAGAAGCGAAAUCCCGACAGCGAAGGAAGAUCAAGAAAUCAUGGAUCUCGCGGACCUGUCGACUCCCCUUCCAGAGUGGUUCACCGAGGAGGAUCUUGCAGUCUACACGUCCCUCUAUGAGAAAUCAGGUUUCGUGUAUCCACUGCAGAUGCCAUACAGGUCUCUCCAUAAGAGGCAUCCAAUCGAAGACCCAAAAUUUGAAGUCCCGGUGUUCGUCGUCAUGGGGGAGAAAGACUACGUGAUCAAGUUCCCCGGGGUCGAGGCCGUCUUGAAAAAUGGCACCAUGGAGAAGUUUGCGCCAGAUCUGAAGAUCACUUACAUCCCUGAAGGAAGCCAUUUCGUUCAGGAGCAAUUUCCGGACAAGGUCAAUGAGCUCCUCCUUGGCUUCCUCAAGGACCAUCCUGUGGCUUGACACACGGGGUCUAGUCUACUAUGCUUGGCCUGCCCUCGGUCUCAUAAGAACCCUACUCCGUGCACAUUCCGCAGUGUUAUGAACAUAUGAUGCGUGCUUCCAUUGAAGUGAAGGAUAUGCUAGUUUCAUCAACAAUCUUUAAUAAAUACGUAUGUAUGUUGGGUC